GCGUGGUUAGCGACGGGGGCUGUCCGCUGUCUGAGGUGGGUCACCGCUGUCAGUGGGCUGGUGACGUCAGGGAAAGAUGGCGCCUGGCCGUCAGGGGGAGGAAGGAGCUGGGGGGAGCUGUAGUUCGGGUGUUGUGGUAGUUCCCCCCGAACAGAUGGACCCUCGUCCCCUGUUCCAGGCAGUGGAUGCUCUCUGCGAAGAUAACAUAUGUCACUUUGGGGAAUCAGCAUCUGAUGUUGGCUCCCGUCUGGUGCAGGCAUUCUCUCGCAUCCAGGAACAGGCACAGGGUAUAGAGCCAGCUUUACGGGCUCUAGCUGCAGUAUGUCCUCUCUUUGAUUUAGAUCCUGACACUCCAGCUAAUGGUUACCGUAGCCUGCUAAAAGUUGUGCUGUCCUGCACUCAGCACAUCUUGCACAAGUGCCGCUAUGUCACUGCCAGCAGACGCAGCCUGUUCUUCCGAGCUGCACACAAUUGCUCAGAACUGGAAGCAUAUGGAGCUGCACUUACGCAACUUCGAGCUCUUCUCUGCUUUGCACAACGCCUUCUUACUGCAAACUGUCAUGGGGACCUUUUCUUUCGGCAAGAGCAUGGCCUGUCUGAGGAGUUUCUGCGAGAGUACAGCACUAUGCACAAAGGAUGUUUUUAUGGCCGAUGCAUGGGUUUCCAGUUCACUCCCUCCAUUCGCCCAUUCCUGCAGACUAUCUCUAUCGGACUGGUAUCAUUCGGAGAGAAUUACAAACGCCAUGAGUCUGGGAUCAGAGCUGAGGGGGCUGUUGGAACUUACUACGGUGUAGCUGCAAGCUCUUUCUUUAUAAGUGGGAGAUAUGCCAUCGACCCUGAGUUCCGGGGAGCUGAGUUUGAGAGAAUCACACAAAAUCUGGAUGUGAACUUCUGGAAGGCAUUCUGGAACAUCACUGAAACAGAAUUGUUAUCUUCGCUGGUUGGCAUAGCAUCCACAAAUGUGCGCAUCAAUAAGUGUCUCUCUGUACCCCCUGAGCCUCUGGAGAUGCCUUUGUCCUCUGACCCACAACGUACUGUAACUAUCACUCCCCCGGUGGCGCACUCGGGCCCGGGACCUGUGCACAUGCGUCUCAUCUCUUACCAGCUGAGAGAGGGACAGGAGAGUGAAGAACUAAAUGCCCUAAUGAAGAAUGAAGUCUCUUUGAGCCUAGACCUACGGCUGAGAUCCCGCCCUGCUUCCCUUUCUCCUGAUUUGAUUAUCCAUUUCCAUGGCGGAGGCUUUGUUGCUCAAACGUCAAAGUCCCAUGAGCCAUACUUAAAAUCUUGGGCGCAGGAGCUGGGAGCUCCCAUUUUAUCUGUGGAUUACUCUUUAGCUCCUGAGGCUCCUUUUCCACGGGCCCUGGAAGAAUGCUUUUAUGCAUACUGCUGGGCACUCAGGAACUGUCGGCUGCUAGGUUCCACAGCAGAGAGAGUCUGCCUUGCUGGUGACAGUGCCGGUGGUAAUCUGUGUAUCACAGUAUGUCUCCGUGCUGCCUCAGUGGGAAUCCGAAUGCCAGAUGGGAUUAUGGUAGCCUAUCCAGCAACACUUCUGCAAGCCACAGCAUCACCCUCACGCCUACUUACUCUGAUGGACCCACUGCUCCCACUCAGCGUGCUGUCCAAAUGCCUGAGUGCCUAUGCAGGCACUGAUGGAGUCCCAGUGGAGGAUCGGAUGCUUGAGAGACAAAGCACUGUGAGUCAAGUAAAGAAAGGGACUGCAAUGUUUCUCAGGGACAUCCGUCAAGGGGCAACGUCCUGGCUGAGCUCUCUAAUGGAUGGUGGCAAAGAGAAAAUGAGUCCAGAGACUGUAAGGAAGAGCGUGUCAGAGGCGGCCCUCCUGGAGGAGAGUUCUACAAACCGAAAAGUGUCCCUAAAGAGUAAAACCUACCAAGACCUAAGUCUACACCAGCAAAGCAUACAACUUGGAUUUCAAAACCAGCAAACUGAAGCAAAUAACUAUAACUGCCCAUAUGAGAAGAAUCAGCUCCCUCUCCCAUCAUUGUCGCUACAGACUGGCCCAGGUGUCAGAGUUCCCCUUUCUCCUUGCAAUCCCCAGAGUCAAGAUGUCAACUUUUUCCUUACAGAAAGUGAGAGCGAGAAUGAAACCUCUGAACACUCCUAUGAAAAGAAGCACCCCACUCACUCCAAGGAGAAUAUCCCUUCCACACACUCCCAUGAAGACAAACCAUCCUCAAUCCCUGUUUCUCACUCACUCGAAUUCCCAGAGGGAUUUGAGCCUCUACGGUCUCAGAAUGGGUCAGCCAACAUGACCUUACAGACUUCUGCCAUAGUGAACAACCCCUACAUGUCACCCUUGCUAGCUCCUGAUAGUAUGCUGCAGGGCCUACCUCCUGUUCACAUUGUGGCCUGUGCUCUUGAUCCAAUGCUGGAUGAUUCUGUAAUGUUUGCAAAGCGACUACGAUCACUGUCUCGGCCCGUCACACUGAAGGUGGUUGAGGACCUGCCUCAUGGCUUUCUUAGUCUGUCACAGCUCUCAAGAGAGACACGAGAGGCCACAGCUGUUUGCGUAGAAAGAAUCAGACAAAUUUUGAGGGAAGAAGCACCAGCACCACCUCCCCCUGCGCCUAGAAAGCACCGUAAACUGGAGAGGACACUUGGGAAGAUCACAACAGUGACCGAGCGAGAGAUAGGAGCCUGAGCCUCACUUCAAUCUCUGAAUCUACUGUGCAAUAAUAUUUAAUAACAUGUCCGUUGCCGUUAAAGAACGUUACACUUCUGAUGAAAAAGCUCUGAAGGAUACACCAAACAUGCAAUAAGGCACUUAGAAGCUGGUUUAUUAGUGUCCAAAAGUCCCUGUAUGUCUGAGAUGCCUUUAGUUUUAAGGUCUCAGUAUGAUUUCUGUUUUGGAGACGGAUAGCUGGAGGGCUCAGUUUAGCAACAUGUGGGAUAGAAAUUCAUCAGAACUUGAUAAUAUGUAUUAAAAGUAGUAGAGCUAAAAAUGAAGAAAAAUGAUGGAAUAAUGACAUGAAAACGUGUAAGCAAAAUUAUACAACAAGUUUAGUUCAGCUAAAUACAUAACCGGAGAGAGGUAAAAUUGUAUAAGCACUCAAAGGGAAGCCAUUUGUGAAGUCAGUUUUACUUGGUAUUCGAGGGUUUAAAAUGCCUCCGCUAACAAAACCACUGUGAUAUUAUACAUAAGUAACAUUAUUUUACUAGUUUUAUUCUAGAUUUCUUAUUUUGUUACAAUAAUCCCCAGAGUAUGAGCAGUGUUCUGACUCUCCCAAAAUAGCAAUUCUUUCCCUUGAGCUAUUUGUAUGCUGUGUAUGUUCUUUAUUGUACAUAUCAUUUUACCUUCAUUUUGUAUGUGAAUAUUUUAUACACCCCUUAUGUUAAUAUAUACAUUUUUAUUAUAAGAUUUGCUGAUAAACAUUUUAUAUUCUCCAGAUAUGUUUAUAUGUGUAGAUAAGUGUGUACAGUUUGCUGUUGUGUAAAUCAGUAUUGUUUGUAGGUGGCCCUAAGAGGACACAGCAUUCAUAGUUAUGGUUUGUUUUCAUUUUUGCUGCCCAGAACCAUUUGUUCAUAUUUCGUCUUUGUGACAGCCCUGCCAAAAGAUAUAUCUUCUUGGUUCGUCCUCUCCCCUCAUCACCCCAGCUACUGAUAAUAUAACGAUAUUAAAAUAAUAAUAAUAAUAAAGUGACAAAGCUUUGUCUGUUGACUGAUGGCCCUACGUUUGUAAACAAUGUCAAUUUAAAUGUUUAAAGUAAUGUGCUGCCAAAUGCACCAGCAUUAGACGGUAAAAUGUAUCUUUUAUCCAAUAGUUCUGUGUUUGAUUUUAUAUAUUUACUUGGUAAAGGUAUGCAGGUAAUAUGCAUUAUUAAGAAAAUACAUUUCAUUGAAUACUUUAGAACCCAGUUACUAUGCUGUACCCAGCACUGUAAAAAUUCAGUGGAAAUACAUAUUUAUUUUGAAUAUUAAUUAAGUUUAUAUUUCUAUAACCUUUUUUUUUUCUUAUUUAAAAAGCUGCAACUUAAUUUGUCACUAUGUAAAUGCCCUUUCAUUUUCCCUAGAAAAAUACAAAAUGCACAUUCUUGAAUAGCUUUCAUUUUUAUUAUCUUAUUAAUCCCUGUUCAAACCUUAUUCAAAAAGGUUGCAAGAUAUUGUAUUGAUGUAAGAAUUGCAUGGAUGAAAAUAGAAGUCUAAAUAGAACUGCUGUUUAAUUUUCUUUUACAAAUAUUGCAUAUUAUCAAACACCAGCAUAUUAAAGGGACAUGAAAUCCAAUUUUUUCUUUCAUGAUUCAGAUAGAUCAUACAAUUUUAAACAACUUUCCAAUUUACGUCUAUUAUCUCAUUUGUUUUGUUCUCUUUGUUGAAAAGUAUACAUAGGUAGGCUCAGAAGCUGCUGAUUGGUGGCUGCACAUAUAUGUACCUAGUUGGCAUUCAGCUAGCUCCCAGUAGUGCAUUACUGCUCUUUCAACAAAAGAUACAAAGAGAAUGAAGCAAAUUAGAUAAUAGAAGUAAUUGGAAAGUUUGUUUAAAAUAGUAUGUUCCAUCUAAAUUAUGUAUGAAAAACUUUUUGGGUUUCAUGACCCUUUAAGCUUUUUAAAGGUUAACUACAAUUUGCUUUUGAAUCCUCACUUUAAUGAAAAUGACCACUUAGUUCAGUAUAUCAGAGAUUUGCUUUUUCUCCAAGUCCGAAUUGUUAAUGAAAUCUGUUUGCUAUUACAUUGUAUUUCAGCUGUGAAAAUGUUAUCAAAUGAAACGAUAAAUUUUCAGCAUUUAGAUUAGUUUUAUAUCACGAGGAUAAGCAGAUAUUAUAAAGGAGCACUAAAUAUAGAAGGAUUGCAUAAUUAACACAUGCAUAAGAAAAAGACAAUGAUUUAACACUCACUCUGAAUUUUACAAAAGCAGUAGAUUUUUUUUUUCUGGCAAAUUUAUUUUUUAUCCCGUUUGCCAGCCCCCCUGUGACAGACAUCAGCCAAUCACAGACUAGUAUACCCUGUAAGCUUGUGCACAUGCUCAGUAGGAGCGGGUGCCUCAAAAAUGUGCAUAUAAAAAGAUUGUGCAAAAUAUAAUGAUGAAAGUAAAUUUGAAAACUCCUUAAAAUUGGGUGCUCUUUCUGAAUUAUGAAAGUUUCAUUUUGACUUGAGUGUCCCUUUAAGUUUUCAUAAAAAUAAGCAAUUGAGUAAUAUUUAGCUGUACCUCCAACCUUAUACACUAAAUCUAUAAAUAGUAGUAGUAUACAUAUUGUGAAGCUAUAUUCCAUUGCAUUUUAGAAUCAUCCCACUCAUUUUCCAAAGCACUAAAAAUAUACAGAUCAUUUGGUGAACAGUUUACAAGCUAUAAAGCCUAAUGGUACUCUGUAGUUUAGGCACAUUAAAACCAUUUCAGAAAUUAAAAAAACGUUAAAUGUAAUCCUCCUAAAAUCUGUUUUAUAGAUAAUUUACUAUAUUGUCGGAAACUUAAGGCUGCAUACAAUGAAAAUAGCAAACCGUCUCAUGCUCACAUAUGGUAACUGGUUGUCUGUGCUGCUUUGUGUAUUUAUUGUGUAGUUUGGGCUAAACCCCAAACUUGUAUAGGGUUAAAGUCCUAGAACAAACGGUGUCCUUCACCUCUCAGUCUCUGCCUUCACACUGUAGCACACACAAGGGCAAAUUACUACACAAGUAUAGCUGUCUCAGAGGUCUCUCUGUAUGAACUAAUCUUUUGAGAUUAUGGGAAUUUCAGAGAAAACAGAGCUGAAAGCACAGAAAAAUAAUAAGAUUAUAGGUGCAAAGUAUUGUGUUUAUGGAGAACAUAUUACUGUGUAAGGGAAUAAAGUGCAUUGUGAUGUAAACAUUGUGAUAAUAUGUGAAAAGAACAGCUAUAUAUAUAUAUUAUUGCUAAGUAUCACGGUAGUGCACUUAAAAAACCUGAUUGCUAGCUGCUGAAACUGAAACGUAAACUCAGUGUAUACAAACCAUGUACUCAAAGCUAUUUCUUGUAUAUUUGUAUAUACAAACACAUUCACAAAGCACUUUUAUGUUCUUGUGUCUAUACAUUUACAUGAAAAUAUGUAUUAUUGUGUUAUAUAUACAUACAUGUAUAUACGUCUGUAAAUAUAUGCAUAUAUAUUGAUCUGUACAUACACAUUUCUACAGAGCUAUAUAUAUUUGAUUGUAUGCACACACAAAGCAUAUAUCACACCAGGGUAUUUGCAACAAUGGGUGCAACCACCUGUGUAUUCUAUAGAGAAUGAAAGGAGUAACCACUUGUCUCAAAUCCAUUUGCGCAUACAUGUUAUUUAUAUGAUGUGUAUGCUUUAAUACAAUACAGUUUGUUCUAAUAUGUUUGCUUUUCCUUGUAUGCAGGAUAAAACUGUUCUAUUUUUAAAAGUGUCUGGUUGUUUUUACCAAUGAAUAAAAUAACCUGUGUAUAAUAUGA